AUGGUUCGAAAGGCGCAAAAUCCGUCGCCUGCGCCAACACAGAAUCCGUGGAACAGAGGGGGGGCUGGGCCUGUCAAGACGACUGCUGCCUCACAAAGCGGAACAUCAACACCGAAGGACAAGGGACCAGCUGUGGAGAAGGCGGUGGAACAGCCACAAACACCACAGCAGGGUGGAAAUGGGUUCAAUGCCGAUGAAGUGCGCAAAAUGUUUGAAGAGGACGCGAAGGCUGCCCUGGAGGGAUUGGGCGGAGAGGCGGUGCUCAAGUUGCCCGACGAGGGAAAAAAACAGGCUUGGGGGACGCAGCGAAAACCUGGCACCAUGUCCAAUGGCCAAUCAUUUGCAGCAGAAUUAGGAAGACAACUUGCAGAGCUGGAGCAGAACAAAACAAGCUCCUAA